AUGAACCCUGUUAGCGUUGGGGAGUACCAUGGGCUACGAGUGGGCUCAGCCCUGCUCAGCAUUGUGGCGGGCUGCAUCAUCAUUGGUGUGUCCAGGGAGUGUGAUGCUGAUGCUAAUCGGAGCUUUUAUAUCAUUAAUCAAAUUAUUUAUGAUAUCUACUUUCCAGGCCUGCUCAUAUCCAUCUACCCCUUCAUAAAAGCCUGGCUGAAUAUCAAUCAUAUUCUUCCAUCCUUUGGAAACUUCCGAGUGCACCCCACACCCGCCAAUCCUGCUCCCGAUCAACCUGUAGAGACACUGAGAAGAGAAGGGACUCAGAGUCAAUUAAACCCGGAACGUUCUAAGAGUCGAAUGGGAAACUUUGUGGAAGGCGGACCGAUGGCUGAGACCAAUGCAGACGAGGGGACAUCUUCAGACAUGCCAGAUGUCUUAUCUAGACGGAAACUUAAGCAGUCACCGUCUGAUCAAGACCUACCAUGACGUCACCACAUGACCUGAGGAACCAGUUUUAUUCUGCUAGUCUUCUUCAUUAGAUCUCUUUCAAAUGUGGGACAAGAGACACGGAUUUGGAUCUUUGAUUGGUUGCUUUUUUCUGCGUAAUUGUCUGCUGAACUGCUGAACCUGUCCCGUUUGCUGUGAUGUCGUUCUUGUGUGGUCCAAUAAACAUCUCCAGAGAU